GAUUGGGAAGGUGGUGCUCGUUUGGGGGCAAGGAUGAGUGGCAUGCUGGAGACCCAGAUACCAUCUCAAAUGUGGAGUGAAAAAAUAAACCAGGAUAAUAAAACUGCCCUUCUGGCUUGGGUGAAAGAGACUGGAAUCCAGUUAGUGCAGAUCAAUGGGCAGAGAAAAUAUGGUGGUCCUCCACCAGGAUGGGCUGGCUAUGCCCCACCAUCCGGUUCAGAGGUUUUUAUAGGAAAAAUCCCCCAGCAUAUCUAUGAGGAUAAACUUAUUCCUCUCUUCCAAAGUGUGGGGAGGCUUUAUGAAUUUCGUCUCAUGAUGACAUUUAGUGGGCUUAACCGUGGCUUUGCCUAUGCUAAAUACAUGAACCGUCGAAAUGCCCAAGAGGCCAUUGCUUUACUCAACAACUUUGAAAUCCAGUUUGGCUCCCCCAUUCUGGUCUGUAGAAGCACUGAGAAGUGUGAGCUCUGCAUUGAUGGUCUGGCACUCUCGCUGAAAGAGUGCCACCUUCUGCCUAUGCUACAGGAACUUACCCCAGGACUCCAAAGCAUCUCCUUACAUGCCAGCCCUUUCAGGAAGAAGAGGCAGCUGGCAGAGGUGAAAUACAUUUCCCAUCAGGCUGCUGCAAUAGCCAAGAAAAAUCUUGUGGAAGGUAGCUUGUGUCUCUGUGGAGAUCAAAUUGAAGUGGCUUGGCUAACACCUAUUAUUAAACAGGAGCUCCAUAAUGUCUCAGUUCCAGGUAAUCCAAAGGCCCUGCCAUCCAGCUGGAGCCAUAGAAGUGUUCUUCCUCAAGUGUCUUCUGGGCCUAUGGACGGCCACAUGCUACCAGCAAGGGCCAGUGUGUUGGAUUAUUUAAAACUGCAGUGUGAGCUGCAUCAGCUGGGCCCUCCUGUAAUCUUUACAAAAUGUGUGCAGAGGAAUCCUGAAGACUGGCUGCAGUUCUGGUAUGAAGUGGUGAUACCAAAAUAUCCAUCACCCUUCAGUGGAUUCAUUUGGAUCAAGCCUGAUCCCUCCAGCUUGGAAGACCAUGAAAAUGUAAAGAAUUUUGUGGCCUUGCAGCUACUUAAAGUCCUAGGGUACCCAGUGAUGUAA